ACAGGCUUGCUCCUCAUUCUAUUUAGAUUUCCCGAUCUCCCGAGCCCCGUCGUUUUCCUACGACGUCUGCCCGUCCAGUUUUCAUCGCACAUGUUGGAAAAAGUGCCAAGCAAGUGAGUGCUGAGUAAGCAUGGAUCCGUCGUGGCCGGUCAACCUGGAGGCCCUCUGGGUCUCUGGCCGAAACAAGAAGAGCGAGCCCUUCGUGAAGGUGCUGACCACGUACCUGGACAAGGCACCCAACUGCUUUGAGUGCGCCAUCGCCCUGAUGCGGGCUGCCUCUGACUUCCACAAGAACAGGCCCACGGCACAGAGUUACACCAUCAUGAGCGUCUUCUACGAAUGGGUGUCUGAGCGUCAGGAGCUCUACCCUGCACUGCUUACCCGAGAGAUCAAGCGGCACGCGCUGCAAACAGUGCUGAAGCAGACAAACACCUCGCUCAUCGAUCUUGUGUGCAGAGUGUACAGGCUGGACGAGAAUGCCCAGGACUACAUGGAUGUUGUGCAGGACCUCUUGCUCAGGCAGCAUUUCAACGAGGCUAGCACCAUCGUGGUUCGACUGAAGCUACACGAUUACUUCACUCUUGAGGAGAUUGCCAUUCCCCUGUUCCUGCUUGACAAGAUCGGCCUUCUCGAGAACUACAUGGCUGGGCUACCCGAGCUUCAAAAGGAAGUCAUUGUGUACAUGGACAGCCUGUAUAAUGAUGCCAACCGCAUUGACAACUUGAUCUAUAACCUAAACUUGAAGAUGGUCAGCCGAGACAAGUUUCAUCCAAAGACCCUGGCCAAAGUGAUAUCUAGGCUUCUGAAACAGUACAACCUUCCCGUUGAGCUUUGUCCUAACGUUCAGUAUAGUCGAAGUAAGAGUGCCAUGAAGUACCUGAUUCACAAAAAGUACAAUGAGAAUGAUUACUCUGAAGCAAGUUGGAGAGAAAUGAUUUGUGAGGCAGUUGGCCCCAAUUGCAGUCUUCAGAAAGAGCUGAUCAACGACCUGAUGUGGAUGAAUGACUACGAGAAUGCCCUGAGCUUUGCCCUCAAGCUUGGCCUGCCCGAGCACCACUGGCCUAACUACCUUAGAGACUACAAAGAGCGGUGUGGAGUGCGCAAGGUGCAAGAGCUGAUGAGAUCAUGGAACAUCAAUGAGGACCAGGACGACCCGAGCAAGUUCCUGUCUCUCAGGAUCGACCUCUCGGACGUGCACAUGGUGGACACACCGGACGGCUUUGCCCACUGCAUCGAGGUGCUCAAGGAUUACGACGUCGUCGGGGUCGACGCCGAGUGGAAGCCGACAAUGGGCCUUGCCCCUUCCAGGUUGUCUCUUGUACAGUUAGCGGUUUGGGAUGGCGUCUAUGUUUUGGACAUCCUGAAGCUCUCCGAGGUACUUGGAGAAUCUCACUGGCGACAGCUCUACACAGAAAUUCUUUCAUCUGACGACAUACUCAAACUCGGCUAUGGGAUUGUAGAGGACCUGAAGCUGCUCUCUGAAGUGGCGAAAUGUCCGAGUGCAAAGGCUCGCAACUUCAUUGACCUGUGUAGCUUCAGCGAAAAGCUGCGGCAGAAGCACCCCAGCCUGAUGAAGCCUGUAAUUCCCAAGGACCGAGAGCACAAGGGGCUCUCGGAGCUGACACGAACACUGCUGGGCCUGCCCCUGAACAAAGACGAGCAGUGCUCCGACUGGGAGAACAGGCCCCUGAGGUCGUCCCAGAUGAGAUAUGCCGCUCUGGAUGCUUUCUGCCUGCUGCAAGUGUACGAGGAGCUCUUCAAGAGGGCCGAAGGAGAGGACAUGAACCUGAGGGAGCUGAUUCAGGAAGUGAGGGACUCCGAGGCAGUGCGCAGGGACAAGCCCCGAAAGUACAAACCUCAGUCGGCUGUUUGCUUAGAAGAACGUUCCGCUGUUCCAUGUCAGCACAAGUUCCGACCCCAAGAAGCGACGAAUUCUGUGUCCGUCGUGCAACCCGAGGCACCUAUCCCGGCUUCGGAGUUCAAGGUGGUCGCAGACAGCAUGGUGCUGGGCCUGGGCCACCAACUGCGCCUCUGCGGCAUCGACACCGUCAUUCUGCAACAGGGCGAGCACCACGACCAAGCAGUAAAGCUUUCUCAUAAAGAAGACAGGGUCAUCCUAACAAGCGGAGCUGCGUUUCAAAAGCUCAAACUGUACGUUCGCCCCGUGAUGAUCUUUGAGGUGAACAACCUCCUUCCAGCCAAGGAACAACUGAAGAUAGUUCUCGAACAUUACAAGGUCGUCAUCAAGGAAGAAAAUCUGCUUAGUCGUUGCACGGCGUGCAACGGGGACAACUAUGCCCUGGUGCCCCAAGACGACAUGAGAAAGCUCUGUACGAGGUCGGGAGCGCGCCACCGGGAAAGGCGCACGUACGGCGCCCACGUCCUAGACUUGGAGUCGGCCUGCUUCGACGGCGGGGUCAGGGUUCAGCGGGAGAGCUUCGCCAUCGAGCGUAUGUCUCACGUGGACACCUUCCACGUGUGCGUCAAGUGCGGAAAGGUGUACUGGGAAGGAUCACACCGCCGUCGCGUCAACCAGCAGAUGCGCUCGUCCAACCUGAUCGCCGGACCCUGGCAGGCGUCCGAGACUUUGUAGAAGUCAAUUUGAUGAAUAAGAAGAAUCCAGAUCCUUAAUUACAUCUGGGAA